CCAUUUAUCGCAUUCAUCGUCGAACACUUAUGAAUUAUCUGGUUAAUUUAUUCUUUCAACUGAACGCUCAAGUUGGCCGUGAAAAAAAAAACGCAUAUUUUUUAAGAGCAUUUCAUUCCAAGAAUGCAAUUGUAACGGGCAUAUACGGCGGCAGUAUGAAAGCAUACGACAGUAAUGCAAAUCCAAGUGUAGAGGGAGGAAUAACGAAAGAAAGGGACGGAAUGGUUGAGAAAAAGAGAGGGGAAAGCACUGGGUAGUGGCCGCGAGCAAUGGUGCGAGAGAGAAGGAGGAAGGGAGGGAGAAGCCACAGUGAAGAGCAUUCGAGUCAGCUUGACGGUGCCGGUCGCCUCAGUAUGCUGCGCAGCGCGCAGGCUCGCGUACGCGUAUUGUUUCUCUCUGUUCUCGUCUCCUUUGCUCUCCUCUCUUUCCUAAUUUUCCCUCUUUCUCUCUCCUGCUAUCCCGUACGUAUGCAGCGCGGCUAGAAUACGCAAGUACAAACAUCUCGCAGGUCUCUUUCGCGUUUAUGUCGUUCCGUUAAGUUUUUUGUUUCUCUGUUGGUCACGGACACCAGGAUAAUUCGACGAAAUUCAGGUUCCUUCGUAUAAAUAUUGUGAAUAACGUUUGCUGUGCACAUGCGACCGUAUGCCGGUGAUUCGAAUUUAAUCGAGAACCUGUUAUUAACGCGUGUGCGUGUACACGUCUAUACGUAUGCGAGUCCGUAUACAUCGUGACACAGUGACACGGUACGUAAAGUUGGCGAUAAAGAAGAGUUGUAAGGCUCAUAGUGAAAAGCGUCAUAGAAAAGCGGGAAAUUUCGAUAUAUUCAACGAUAUAUUUUGAAACUUUGACACAUCAAAAACAGACGCAGUGGAUGAUUCUAAAGUAGAGAUUCAAGAGACUCAAUGUGGAUACUAAGAUAUAAUAAAGCGCAGUGAGUGGCAGAACGGUUACGAAACGCGUAGAAGGAGACGUGGCACGAAAUGAAGCGAACGUAUCCUCGUACGAUCGAUAACUAUAGCAUCUCAGUAAAUAUCAAGCGGUUCGUAUUUCCAGCGCGCACGAACCUAACCUAGCGAAUUAUUUGUUUUCUCGUACCUUGUAUAUUUGUAAACACAGUUGAAGAAGUCUUGUGAUCUCGAGUAAUUCGAAGAAGGGAUGUCGACGUGAAAGUGACGUUUCACACUCGAAGCGUAGAAGUAUCCAGAAUAUGAGAAUGAAAAUCUUGCAGUUAUUGAGGAAGUAAUAUUCCUUGUACGCCAUCUUGAUAUGUCGACGAAUAGCGAUGACAGGUGGUGAAUGUGAUUGUUAAUCGACCGCGCGAGAUUCGAUCAGUCGUGAUCGAAUGUUCGAUAUAUCUUGGUGCGAGCGCGUGUGUAACGGUCAAAAGAACGUCCCGGAAGAUUCUUUCCAGUAUAACGUACGAGGAGACAGAAAAUUACGAAAGGCGAAUAAAGCAACGAAGAAGAGAGAAUCCGAGGCGCUUUUAUUUUUAGCCAACGCCGGUUCGCGCAUCGCAAAAACCGGUUUCGAGUCUCGGCUUGGGUUGAGCCACGAGGUAAGGUGCGUAUAUAGAGAAGGGUUUUCGUUGAAAAGGGAGGAAGUGAGAGGGAAAGACACGCGAUGUAAAGGUAUAUGGUUUUCUCUCUGUUGGUUAAGAAAGAAAGAAAGAGUGACACAGAACGUGGAAUUCGCCUAAGCCGAUACACACCUCCCCCUACUUCUCUUCUUUCUUCUCCCACCUCGAACUAUCGAUUGCGUGCAUGCACGCGCCUAUCCAUACUCGAUGUGUUACGUGACAUCGUACCGGGAGUGUAUAAUAUUCGAUUAUUAAGUGCAUCGUCGAUGAGAUGUUCAUCGCCGAAUAAUUAACCAAUCAGUCUGGCAAUAUAAAUACACAGAUAUCGAUAGAUCGUUACAGUUCUCGAAUCAAUUUUGAUGAAAAAGUGUGAGAAAUUGGUGCGAAAAGAGAAAGUGAAUCGAAGGAACAUGACAAUCGAAUAAAAUCGAAUCGAAAAAGUAAAAGGAAGAGACGGGAAGUGUUUAUAUUGGAUUGUUGCAUGAUACACGAGAUUGACGAAGACACGAAAACGGCAUGAAGAAUGGCAACCGAUUCGAGCAACCGUCAAGGUGUAAGGGCGGUCGCCACGACGACAACCGAUCCACAUCGAAGCGAAAAACGCGCCGUCGCGGCACGAGGCGCCGCCGGUGCUCUAGCCCUCAGUAUUCUGGCCGUGGUCCUCCAAUCGGCAGCUACCGCGACCCCCACUUGGGGAUAUUUCACCAAUCCUGACGCUGGUUCAGCAGCCGAGAAAGGGUAUUUUGGUCCAUGGAGGCAGUGCAAACUGUUACUAUACGGUAGAGAAAGAUGCGGCCAAGGGGUUUCCAGGUUUCAACCAGUGUUGGCUGUGUGGGUGGCAGGAUUAGCUGCUGCGACCGCCUCCGCCCUUUUGGCCAUCCUGGUGGGUCUUGCCGUGCUACAACUUGCGAUGGCCUCCUCGGCAAAGCGAGUUAUUAUCUCGUACAGCACCGCUUUGAUAGGGAAAGUGGCACUCGCCACUUUGGCCACUUCGUUGGCAAUCGUAGCAGCGAGUCUGUUCGCUUUACAGACCGAUGACAGAGCUAGCAGCUUCAUUGUCACGAGGGGAGAAGCGUUUUAUAUGCAGUUGGCUGCCAUCGCUUUGAACUUUGGCGUGCUGAUCACUGCAGUGUACGAGGGUAUUUAUGCUCGACGAGGUGGUGAUCCAACGAAGAUUAGGGUUGUCGGUGAUCCACGUGCGGGAACCAUAAAUAAUCCUGGGUAUCGGGAACAUCAACCCACGAAUGGUGGCACCAUCUCGAUGACAGACGCCAGUGGCAAGCCUUACGUCGGCGGAGCCGGAAACGGCUCGAUGGCGUCUGUGGCGACUUCCGGAAGCGUCACGAGCACAGCAUCGCCACUUCGUAGCUCCCUCAAGAAGCCAAAACCGCUCGGUAUUCACAAUCCCGGUUUCUCGGCCCACAGCCCCACUCUCUCGAGAAAUGGUUCGCAAAAGAAAGUGCGAAUUCAGACCCACUCAACCGAGGUUUAACGUGUAUCAGC